UGCCGCUUAAAACCGCCAUUGAAAAAAAAGAGCGGCGACCGCAUCACAUGACGCAGACCCACCAAUACCAAAGGGAAGCGCCAAAGUCCUUGUCACGUGGCCAAGACUCUGUAUUGGCCACUGUCACAUGAUCAAGGACUCGAAAAGGGAGGUAAACGUUUCGAAUCCACGUGACCAGCAACGCAACGGCUACGCUCUUGCCACGUGACCUAAGCCCACCUCCUUAUCUCUUUUCGUCGCUCCCUCCCUCCCGGGCCAGGCCUGCGUCAGGCGGCAACGCGGCGGCAAGGGGCGGGGCUCCAGCCGAUCACGUGGCCCGCACCUCCCCGGCGCGCGCCCGCCCGCCCGCUCGCCCCCGGCCCCGGCUCCUCCUCCUCCUCUUCUCGCCAUUGCAGUUGGACUCAGCAGCCCGGUGCGCACCGCGUGGCUUUUGGGGGGAGACCCCGGCGGGCUGUGGCAGGAGGGCGGCGGCGGCGGUUGCGGUCGGGGAAGGGAACGCCGACAAGAUAGUUGAAGUAUUGAUAACAUCAAGGAGAUCUGUCACAAUUUGAAAAGAUAAGCAAACAUUUGAUUUCCAGACACUACAGAAAAAAGAAGUAAAAAUGCGUCCGAUGCGAAUUUUUGUGAAUGACGAUCGCCACGUGAUGGCAAAGCAUUCUUCCGUGUACCCGACCCAAGAGGAACUGGAGGCCGUCCAGAACAUGGUGUCCCACACGGAGAGGGCCCUCAAAGCUGUGUCCGACUGGAUAGAUGAGCAGGAGAAGGGCAGCAGCGAGCACGCCGAGUCCGAGAACGCGGAUGUGCCCCCAGAGGACGAGACCAAGGAAGGGGCUGGGGAGCAGAAGGCAGAGCACAUGACCAGAACCCUGCGGGGCGUCAUGCGCGUUGGCCUCGUGGCAAAGGGGCUGCUGCUCAAGGGGGACUUGGAUUUGGAGCUGGUGCUACUUUGCAAGGAGAAGCCCACAACCGCCCUUCUGGACAAGGUGGCUGACAACCUGGCCAUCCAGCUCGCUGCUGUUACAGAAGACAAGUACGAAAUACUCCAGUCUGUCGAUGAUGCUGCGAUUGUGAUAAAAAACACAAAAGAGCCUCCAUUGUCCCUGACCAUCCACCUGACGUCCCCUGUUGUCAGAGAAGAAAUGGAGAAAGUAUUAGCUGGAGAAACGCUAUCAGUCAACGAUCCCCCGGACGUUCUGGACAGGCAGAAAUGCCUUGCUGCCUUGGCGUCCCUCCGACACGCCAAGUGGUUCCAGGCCAGAGCCAACGGGCUGAAAUCGUGUGUCAUUGUCAUCCGGGUCCUGAGGGACCUGUGUACCCGCGUGCCCACCUGGGGUCCCCUCAGAGGAUGGCCCCUCGAGCUUCUCUGUGAGAAGUCCAUCGGCACAGCCAACAGACCCAUGGGUGCCGGCGAGGCCCUGCGGAGAGUGCUGGAGUGCCUGGCGUCGGGCAUCGUGAUGCCAGAUGGUUCUGGCAUUUAUGACCCUUGUGAAAAAGAAGCCACUGAUGCUAUUGGGCAUCUAGACAGACAGCAACGGGAAGAUAUCACACAGAGUGCGCAGCAUGCUCUGCGGCUUGCUGCGUUUGGCCAGCUCCAUAAAGUUCUGGGUAUGGACCCUCUGCCUUCUAAGAUGCCCAAGAAACCAAAGAAUGAAAACCCAGUGGACUACACAGUUCAAAUCCCCCCCAGCACCACCUAUGCCAUUACGCCCAUGAAACGGCCGAUGGAGGAAGAUGGGGAGGAAAAGUCUCCCAGCAAAAAGAAGAAGAAGAUUCAGAAGAAAGAGGAGAAAGCUGAGCCGCCUCAGGCUAUGAAUGCUCUCAUGAGACUCAACCAGCUGAAGCCGGGACUGCAGUAUAAGCUGGUUUCCCAGACGGGUCCGGUCCACGCCCCCAUCUUCACCAUGUCUGUGGAGGUAGAUGGCAACUCGUUCGAGGCCUCUGGACCGUCCAAGAAGACCGCCAAGCUGCACGUGGCCGUUAAGGUGUUACAGGACAUGGGCCUGCCCACCGGCGCGGAAGGCCGAGACUCCAGCAAGGGGGAGGACUCGGCUGAGGAGACGGAAGCAAAGCCGGCCGUGGUGGCCCCUCCUCCUGUGGUGGAAGCCGCUUCGACUCCCAGCGCCACCUUCCCCACAGAUCCCACUGCCGAGAACGUAAAACAGCAGGGGCCGAUCCUGACCAAGCAUGGCAAGAACCCUGUCAUGGAACUCAACGAGAAGAGGCGCGGCCUCAAGUACGAACUCAUCUCCGAGACUGGGGGCAGCCACGACAAGCGCUUUGUCAUGGAGGUCGAGGUGGAUGGACAGAAGUUUCAGGGUGCCGGCUCAAACAAAAAGGUGGCAAAAGCGUACGCCGCUCUUGCUGCACUGGAGAAGCUGUUCCCCGACACCCCCCUCGCCCUGGAAGCCAACAAGAAGAAGAGAGCCCCCGUGCCUGUGAGAGGUGGCCCGAAAUUUGCUGCUAAGCCACAUAACCCUGGCUUCGGCAUGGGAGGCCCCAUGCACAACGAGGUGCCCCCGCCCCCCAACCUCCGAGGCCGGGGAAGAGGAGGGAACAUCCGAGGGCGAGGGAGAGGGAGAGGAUUUGGUGGCGCCAACCACGGAGGCUACAUGAAUGCCAGCGCGGGCUAUGGCAGCUAUGGGUAUGGCGGCAACUCGGCGACGGCGGGCUACAGUCAGUUCUACAGCAACGGAGGGCAUUCUGGGAAUGCUGGUGGUGGCGGCGGCGGGGGCGGUGGUGGCUCCUCCGGCUACGGCUCCUACUACCAAGGCGACAACUACAACUCACCAGUGCCCCCGAAACACGCCGGGAAGAAGCAGCCCCAUGGGGGCCAGCAGAAGCCCUCCUAUGGCUCGGGCUACCAGUCCCACCAGGGCCAGCAGCAGUCCUACAGCCAGGGCCAGUACAGCAACUACGGCCCCCCACAGGGCAAGCAGAAGGGCUAUAAUCACGGACAAGGCAACUACUCCUCCUACUCAAACUCCUACAGCUCCCCCGGGGGCGGGGGCGGCUCAGACUACAGCUACGAGAGCAAAUUCAACUACAGUGGGAGUGGAGGCCGGAGCGGCGGGAACAGCUAUGGCUCAGGCGGCUCGUCCUACAACCCAGGGUCACAUGGGGGCUACGGCGGAGGCUCUGGGGGCGGCUCCUCAUACCAAGGCAAACAAGGAGGCUACUCGUCACAGUCCAACUACAACUCCCCCGGCUCCGGCCAGAAUUACAGCGGCCCUCCCAGCUCCUACCAGUCCUCACAGGGCGGCUACGGCAGAAACGCAGACCACAGCAUGAACUACCAGUAUAGAUAAAGCCCCCCGGGGGGUGAAGAUUUGUACCUUCUGCACUUCCCCCCGCGUCGUAAGAUUCAGUUUUAUGCAUCACAGUUAACACGUCCGCCGGCCCCUCCGGGCCCCCUCCGCCCCAGCCUGUCCUCGUUGCUGUGUUGUGCGGUGCGGCGGGUCACUCCCGGGACCCGCCCUGUGACCCUUAUUUAGCCGUGUUUGGGACUUCUAUGUCUUCAGUGGUUUGUUAGUUGCCAUUACAACUUUGUCUGAGUAGAGUUUUUUGGGUUCUUGCAGUUAAGUAUCCCUCUGUCUAUUUACAAUUGGUGUUAGCGUUAACUCGGUUUGUCUUCAAAUAGCUCCAGAAGGGAUACGUUAUCUGUUAAUGCUUUUGUGAAGUGAGUUAAACGAGCUUUCUGUAUUUUAAUGCUUUAGUGUUUCAGUUUUAUAAGUGAAGAUUUUAUUUUAAAAACCAGUGGGAAAGAGUGGGGUUUUUUUGUAUGUCUGGAUCAUUCAGGCAGUACAUCUGAAUUAAGCUGAAUGUAGACAAAUAAAGAAAAAGAAAACUCUUUGCCCGUCGUAGGCCUGGGUGUCUGACCCACCAGCAGUGUGGUGGGCAGGUUCCCCCACUGUUCCCAGCACGGGAAUGCGGGGUGGGGGUGGCAGGGCAGCCCCUCAGCGCCCCAGGGCCCAGUUCCAGGCCUCUAGAUGCUUUCGCUCCGAGGACGGCCAGGGCCAGCAGCCCGGUGACAGGGAAUCUUGUGUUGUCCGCGUCCCCGGGGGCUCCUGUCGUCUGCAGAGUGGCCUACGCGGGUGGGAGGGGUCUGCUCACACGGCUCAGCUUGCUUGCUCUCCUGCUCCGGGAAUUCUGGCGUAGCGUAGGUGUAGUUUCACGUCACCGUGGAGUGGAACCUGUGUGGGUUUGGUACGUGUAACCUAACUUGCAAAAGGCCGAUUGAAUCUGGCUGAAGCUCCCCAAGAUCUGGGAAACCCAGCCAUGGAACCUUCUGUGUCUGGAUGGCGUGGUUUUGUGUCCCCAGCAGCCGCAGCCUCACGGUGCCGCCCCUGCCCAGAGGCUCCAAGUGCUCACUCCGGCUUCUUUCUGGCUGCCCAGCCCUGUUGUGACAGAUUUCCCUGGAGCAGCGCUUCUCGGUCCCAGGCAGUUUUGCAUCGUGAGGGGGACAUUUGUCACCUAGUGGGCAGGGCCAAAGAUGCUACUGACCACUCUGUGCUUAAAAGUGUUAGCCACGUGGAGGUAGAAGAACCUGUGCCCUGAGAGCAGCCUGUCCCCAUGCUGGCCCUGCCCCAGGGGGUGGGCGGGGCCAGCGCUGUCAGUUGCCUUUGCCCAGGCCUCAACUCUGUCUGGGAGGAGCCUCUCUGGUGAGGCCUGGGCUGCAUGUCUGCAGGGACCCUUCUCUCCGCGUCUCUCUACCAUCCGUCAGACCAGGCAUCGUUCGAAUUCUGAACCACAGGCAGCCCUUGGCCUCCGGUGCUUGAUUCACGGAGAAGAGCAAACCAUUCUCCACUCAGAACUCCUCAGCAGAGGCAGAAAAUGCAGUGUGCCUUUGAAGGAUGAAGAUUCGCCUUGGAGAGGGGAAAGAAAGGUGUCCUGCACUUAGAAGAAAAAACGUUGGACGAAUUUUGCUUUCUGCCGGAGCAGAGGAGGACCCGGAUACCAGUUAGUCCGGUGAGGGGAGAGGGCGGGGUGGCGUGAUGCUCACCUGAGGGGCGCUCCGCGGUACCUGCAGUGCCCUAGGGGUGCACGCGUGUGCGCGCUAUGGAGAUGACCGACAGACCUGGGGGAUGGGUCCCAACCCAGACUGCAAUGGGCUGGGAUAUGUCCAUGGCCCAUCUCUCCUGGACUCUUCUAGGGGCUGGGACAACGAGAUCAUUGGGACCUUGUAUUGAAAUGGGAAGCCCGAGCUGGGGGCGGAGCCUGCACUGCUGCGGGACCCACAGGGAAGAACGCCCCGCCCCAGCCCUGACAGAUGCCUUCAGACUGUGGGGCCAUAGUCUCAGCGCAGGUCUCCUCGCCAUCAGGUUCCCAGGCAGUGGCCACCACCGCACUGACGUUUCUGAACGAAGACCCUUCGCAAGGGCAGGCAUCUUGAAGGCAGUGGAAAAAACUCCCAGGCCACCUUGAUGUGGAGACUUCAGGGAGCUGUGACUCGGUGCCAAGUUCCUCUUGUGGAAAAUGGCAGACCCCCGGGAUGCUGGUCUGAGACCCUGGGCCUGGCCUGAGCGCUCCCAAAUCCAGGACCAGUGUUACCGAUCUGAGGGACUUUCAUCGCCGAGAACAGAGCAGUAUCUGAGAAGCAGGACCUUGUUUCGUCCAGCUUCUGGUGACUUCGGGCAUUCCUUGACUUGUGACCGCAUUCCUCCCAUCUCUGCUUCCUCCUUCACGUGACCUCCUGAAGAGCCUCUUGUGUUCUCAGAUCUCCUUACGAGGACACCAGUCAUUGGAUUGCAGGUCCCCAGUGUUCGAGAGAGAGCACAUCCUGAGAUCCUUCACGUUUGCAGGUAUUGGCACAUGAGAGUCGGAUGUAUGUUCCUGGGAGAACACUGUUCAGCCUGCUGAAGGAUUGGGUGAAGGCUUCAUCCCGUGCUGCUCGCACAGCCCUGGGAGUUUGUUGACCACAAUCAGGAUCAUCGUGGUCAGCAAGGUGGGUCCUGUCCUGAAGCGACAACUCGUGAGCACAUGUGCGUUGGCAUCCCACCUGCUUGGGGACUUCGUUGGUGCUAAUGGCACUGUGGUACAGCUGGCCAGUAACGGUAUCUCAGCCCUCAGGACCUGCCACCCCAAGAAGCUGGGUUCUGUAAGGUGUGGCUAACAACAUGAGCAUGGAGAAGACGUGGGUGCUGGUCUGUCACCCAUUCAGAGCUGACCAAGUCCUUUCCAGCCUGCUGCCCUCCAGGCCCAGGAAGCCAGCCUGGAGGAGGUUCUCACUGAUGGUUUUCUUGGUCCUCCUCAGCCAGGGACACAGUAGGCAACAGAGAGAUGCCUCAGUCUUCAUGCUGCCAGAGGAUGGUGUCCCACAUCUUGCCGUCACCAGUGGAGGUCACCAGGAGCAUCAGCAGGAAGAGCCAGUGGCCCACGUGCUUAGUCAGCAAGUGGAUCAGGAUAGGGUAUUUGGUGGCUAGACCAUGAGUGUCAGUGACCCCGGACUGGACACCACCCCAGAGGGCUCAGGAUGCCUUUGGAGGGAGGAAGGGAGAAACCCCUCUCCCGAGGGAACAGCUGGACGUAUGUGGUGGGCCGAGAUGAUGUCACAGGGCAGAGCUUUGCAGGGAAUUUCAGAUGGUCCCGUGGGGAGGUGGGGGGGGUGGUUGAGACCCAGGACCAAAGGGAAUCUCUAGGCAGUAGGGAAUGGGGCACAGAUUCCCACCUUUCUGCACUGAGCAUAAUCACUAGGGUCCUGGUUGUCCCCCUGGACUGGGGUCCAGUCUCACCUGGAAGUCAACACCCAACUGCCUCCACCUCUGGCGGGGAAACCUGUGCUGUUCCUCUGACCGCUGACCGUUCUUGUGUGGGCAGCAUGGCCUGUCCCGCUCCUAGGGAAUGGCAUGGUCCGGUUGGGCUCAGCUUCAGGACUCGGUCACUUUCCAGGUGUGAGGACCCUCCCCUCCCCCCUCCCCCCGCCACUGUGUCCUUUGCAGGCUUCUCCUGAGACUUCCGGACACAAUUUUGGGCCACCCACCAGCAAGCCUUGGCCUGGAUGCUCCUUCUAACCCAUCCCAGAAUAAACAGAAACUUCACAUG